AUGACACAACGGAUGGACCUGGGUGGAUGUCUCUUUGGUACCAAGGAAUCUCCACUCCAAUUGCAGCUUGGAGCAAUUGCUCAUUUCUGCCAUCCCUCCAGCCAGCCAGGGCCAAUUCAUUCCUCCCAGCUUACAGAGUGGCUGGAUUCUAGUCUAGUGUGGAUCAAAGCAGUACCGGAACUCAAGCUAUGUCUUUCCGUCUCUGCCGGCAUAGGAUUAGAUAUUGCAGUGUCUGAUUUUGUUUCCGACUUGGAAAAGAGUCUCUGCAGCUCCAGUGCAUGGUCAGCCUUUGGAUUCGCCAUAUCGCACCCAAAUUCCGAUGGCUCUGCCCAGAAUGGUCAUCCCGAGCCUAACAGCAUCAAUUUUGGGAUUUGCAGGAAUAACAGGACAUCUUAUUUGGCCAUUGGUAGGGGCUUACCCAUCCUCUUGCACAAUCCACCGGAUGCCCAACCUCCACCUGAUGUUCCGACCGUGUCUUUGGCUGAAAUUGAGCUGUCUCUGCAAUUUUCAAUUAAGCCGGGCAAGCGACGACACAAACUCUUGCUGCCAUUGGACCUACCAGGAGAUCUGAAUCCCACUUCUGCUGGCCCUGCAACCUGCCCAUACCUGGUGGACAUUGGGGUGGACUCUGGUCUUCAACGAUUGACUGUUCAUGCGCCUACCAAGGACUUCGGCAUCCAGGUGGUCGGAGAAGACACUCUUAAAACAUUAUCUGACCAAGCUCCUGUUAUUUUCAAUAGGCAGUAUCGAGAGGCAAUGAAUCAAAGGGCAGUUUCAAUACCUAUCAUUGUUAAAGCGAUAGGCUCUAUGCUCCAGAAUACGGAAAAUCCACUUCUUCGGGAAAACACGUCAGCUCUGCUCCGUUUGUCACAAAAUCAUGUGGAGGGCAAUUACUCGAUACAGGAACAUGCAAGCAGCCUACAGUCCACAAUUACGUCCUCACUUUGGCGUAUUGCCCAGUCAAAACUUCGCAGAGUCAAGGUUUCAAAAAGCACAGUGACAUUCUGUCCUAUUAAUGCACAACACACCAACAAUCAGCCUGCUUCGGGUGCCGGUGAUAAUAUCAUGAACUUCUUCGAACAAAGUGAUGUCAGUGAUAGUGAGAUGCUUGACAUGGAUGACUUCGUUGACGAGUAUAUUGAUAAUCGUUACAUGGACUUCGAAAAUAUUCUCAGGUCAUCAGAUGAAUUUGACGUUAAAUCCGAGGGACCUCUUCUUGAUAGCAGUCAAUCCAACUUCAGUGAUAUCUAUGAAUCAACUCAAACAACCCUGGAUGAUAACAAUGAGCCAGCUGCAUCAAACCAUGACUGGGAGAUUUGCUUUGAUUCAGACUCAGACUCAGAGUUGAUUGAAGCUUGA